AAUGAAUAUAAAAGGAUCUUGAUGUUCUUCGAACAGAAAGCAAAUACCUACCACUGACACUUCCAACAAUCAAUAGAACCACUCGUCACCACUGUCUUGACCAUGUCUCAAUCUCUUGUCUUCAUUACCGGGUCGACAGGCUUCAUUGGGUCUCAUGUCGUUAUCCAAACGCUCGAAGCAGGCUACAAGGUUCGCCUAAGCGUGCGCAAGGAACCUCAAAUCGAAGGUCUCAAGAAGCUCUUCUCCAAGCAUAUCAGCAACGUCGACUUUGUCGUCAUUCCGGAUCUGUCCAUCUCAAGCGCUUUCGACAGUGCCUUGAAAGAUGUCGAUUACGUCCUACAUCUCGCUUCACCGAUGCCUGGUAAAGGUGAAGACUUCAAGAAGGAGUACCUCCAGCCUGCAGUGCAAGGUACAACAUCGGUUUUGAAUGCCGCAAAGAAGUUCAGCACCAUCAAACGCAUCGUCAUCGUGUCAUCGAUACUUGCCUUGGUCCAACUAGAUGCGCUGACGGGAGGCAAAUUUGAACCGAGAGAAGGACGAAACCAGGAGAUCUCCGUGGAUCCCGACAUGGAAUUUCCCGCGGAUCCGAUGGCUAGCGGAGGAGCAAAGUAUCACGCCUCCAAACUUCUAGCCCAUCGAGCCACCCUCGAAUGGGUUGCAGAGAACAAACCACAUUUCGUUGUCAUCACCCUACAUCCCUCCUUCGUCUUUGGUCGCAACCUCAGCCAGACAUCUCCUGACGGAGUCGAUGGUACUAAUGCUAUGCUUUGGGGCUGCCUGUACUCCGAAAAGCCCUUCAUUCCCGCAGUUGGAGUGGAUGUUCGAGACGUUGCACUUGCGCACGUGCGCGCCUUGGAGACGAAGCUUAAUGGAAACAACGAAGUUCAGGAGUUUGUGCUGAGCGCUAGUGAGAAGGACGGAUGGUCUUGGACCAACAUAGCAAAGUUUGCACAAGAGAAAUAUCCUGGCUUGGGUACAAAGUUGGAAGGUUCAUUUGAUGCGCCUCCACCUGUCGAAUCACGCCGCGCUCAGGAAAUCCUAGGCAUCAGGUGGAAGAGGAUGGAAGACACUAUCGCAUCUUUCUUGGAUCAUCAGCUCGAGUUGAGGGCCCAGCUCUAAGCUCUGAUGUAAGCAACGCAACAUGCUUAGCCAGAUAUUAGUCACUGUCAUUUAACUUCGCCCUUCGUCCUUCCUAAGCUAGAUUGAGAGUUUCUGUGACCUCAUGAGUACGGUGUCGAUGCAAGGAUUGCAAACGCUGAGUUUUGAGGGUAAGACGCGCCACUGGCGAGCUCUUACGAGUGCUUCUGGUUGUAGUUCCCUCGAUUCCACCCCGCUU